AUGUACGGCCGUCGCUCCGAAACCCUCUCCAGGCACCUGAGCGCCACCAGCAGCAGCCACAUACCUUGCCUCACUCCACUUUGUCCCCCCUGGCAGCAGCAUCUCUUGCCACAGCACCAACUGCCUCCAUCACCUCUUCCAUGUACGGUCGCCGCUCUGACGUUCUCUCCAGGCACCUCAGUGCCACCACGAGCAGCCGCCGGGGAGAAGAGCAGGCAGCGGGGAGGGGAGGGGGCUGGGUGGGCUGGAGAGGAGGCAGAGGCGGAGGCAGAAGCAGAGGCGGAGGCGGAGGCGGAGGAGGAGGAGGAGGAGGAGGAGGAGGAGGAGGAGGAGGAGGAGGAGGAGGAGGAGGAGGAGGAGGAGGAGGAGGAGGAGGAGGAGGAGGAGGAGGAGGAGGAGGAGGAGGAGGAGGAGGAGGAGGAGGAGGAGGAGGAGGGAGGGGGAACACGGGAAUGA